CGUGACGCGCCGCUUCGUCCCUGGAGCGUUCCAGCGGAAGCGAGGAGUGCGUGGCGUCAGGGUCUUCACCAUGGUGCCUGGAUUGCCGCUCCCGCCGGAGGUCCAGCUGGCGCAGCGCCUGGCGGGGAACGAGCAGGUGACACGGGACCACGCGGUGCGGAAGCUGCGGAAGUACAUCGUGGCCAGGUCGCAGCGGGCUGGAGGUGGCUUUACUCCAGAUGAGCUCCUGAAGGUGUGGAAGGGGCUGUUCUACUGCAUGUGGAUGCAGGACAAGCCGCUCCGGCAGGAAGAACUAGGAAGGACCAUUUCACAGCUCGUCCAUGCUUUUCAGACUACAGAGGCACAGCACCUCUUCCUGCGGGCGUUCUGGCAGACCAUGAUCCGAGAGUGGGUGGGCAUCGACAGACUGCGCCUGGACAAGUUCUACAUGCUCAUGAGGAUGGUCCUGAGUGAGUCACUGAAGACUGUGAAAACCCAAGGAUGGGAAGAAAGACGGAUUGAGCAGCUACUGGAGCUGCUAACCACUGAGAUACUGAAACCUGAGAGCCAGGCCCCCAAUGGGGUGAAGAGCCACUUCCUAGAAAUCUUCCUGGAGGAGCUGACCAAAGUGGGCGCUGCAGAGCUCACCGCAGACCAGAAUCUGCAGUUCAUCGACCCCUUCUGCCAGAUAGCAGCCUGCACUAAGGAUUCCCUAGUUCUGCAUAAGAUUACUCGGAACAUUUUUGAGACGAUUGUGGAGCAGGCUCCCAUGGCCAUUGAAGACCUGAUGAAUGAACUGGAUACACAGAGUGGGGAGGGUGAAGUGAUAGAUGGUGAUGAUGAAGUGACAGAUGGUGAUGACGAAGUGACAGAUGGUGAUGAUGAGUCCUCAGAGGAUGAGCAGGACCUGGAAGAUGCGCCACCCAAGAACCUUCAUGCAGCCUCCACACACAGGGCUAACCCUGAGGCAGUCAAGGAGCAGGCGUGGGAUGACGAGGAAAACUCUGGCCCUGUCCUCCAGUUUGACUAUAAGGCAGUUGCUGACAGGCUGUUCACGCUCGCCAGUAGACAGAGCACCCCUUCUCAGAACAGGAAGCGCCUCUACAAAGUGAUCCAAAAGUUGCGGGAUCUGGCUGGAGGCACUUUCCCUGAUGAUGAUGUCCCGGAAAAAGCCUACAAGAAGCUGCUGGAAGGGAGACGGGAGCGGAAAAAGAAAAAGAAGCGUGUGCCAAAAGUGCAGCCACAGAAUAAGAAAGGCGAAAGCGAGACCGAAGAAGCCUCAAGUGCAGGCCCUAGCCCAGGGACAAAGAGGAAGACGGAUGAGAAGACUGGCCAAAGAGGGCCUCCCAGGAAGAAGAGGACGCCUAAUGCUAGAGCAAAGGGGGCUGGUGUGCAGCAACUUAAGAGGAAGGGGAAGCGGUCAUUGCAGAGUGAGAAGUAAGGUACAUGGCCCAAGCCGGCAAUCCUCCUCACUCACCUGGAUGAAUGGGCAGAGUACCUGAGUAUGCUCCUGCAGCUUCUGAAUGCCGAGGCUCUGAGCUUCCUACAGGGGGGAAUAGGAGCAGCAUGGGGGAGGAGACCCUUUCUUUACUGCCGGCCUUCAAGAAUGCGCCUGCCUCAGAGCCACUGCCUGCUACCAGAAAUUCACUAAGACGCAAAUUUCCACAUGUACCAUUUGCAGCGAUCCUAGCCAGAGGCCAGAGGAUCUAGAGAUUGAGUCCCAGAUUAAAACCCUCUCCCUUUCCCAAAGUAAGGGAAACAAAACCACAGAAUUCCCCCUGUGUGGGCACUUUGACCUCUACCCCGGGCACUCACAAAAUAAACUAUGGAUUUUUGGC